CGGACCCGAGGUGUGCGCAAGGAGUGCCUGACUUGAUAUCUGAUUGGCUGUCUGGGAAAAUGAAAAGUACUUGUGGUCCAGGGCAGAGACAAACGAGAAGAUGGGGCGGGACUCCGUGUGGGAGGAGGCGGAGCCUGUGGGCUUUGGGCGCGAGCGGUCGAAAGGCAGUUGGUGAGGGUUCGGUUGCUUGGUCCUGUCCGGCGGUACCAGCUCAGUCCCAUGGCUGAUUCUGAGGAGUUUCGGGCUUCUUCGCCACCGCCGCCGCCUCCCUCGUCUCCGUCGUCAGGCGCCUCUUCGUCGUCCCUCAGCAUGCCAGUGAGUUUGGGCUGGCGGGGUCCGAGCCGGAGCCACGGUCCAACGGUGGACCCGCUGGAGCAAGUGGAGCUGCAGAUCGGAGACGCGGCGUUUUCAUUAACUAAACUCCUCGAAGCCACAUCUGCAGUAUCAGCUCAAGUGGAAGAACUUGCCCUGAAGUGUACAGAAAAUGCACGUUUCCUUAAAACGUGGCGAGACCUCCUGAAAGAAGGCUAUGACUCGCUGAAACCCGACAACUAGUGACUGGCACAGAAGAUGCUGGCAUGUGGACCGCAUGUGGGACUGCCCGACUCCAACAUUUAUACUGAGAAUGAAACUCUUCUUAGUACUCUUGCUCUGUGAAAGCAGAGUACUGGACUGCUCUUAUUUGCUUAUGCGAUUUCCCUGAUAUGACAGUGUUUGCCUUAAGUGCUUUCUGCCCUCUAAGCUUCUGUAGACUUCCUUCAUGAGAGCUAAUUCCAUCAGUAAGUAACUGUCAUACUAGAGAGAAGAUGACAAAAAUGCUUGAGUUGGGAGUUGACCCCGGUGUGUCUCCUGAGGCAGCGAUGAAGAUUUCAGGAGCAUGGUCCAGCC